UGAAACACCCAACCCCUUUCCAUCUUCUCUUUCCUCUUCCCAAUUCACAUUUCACUCUCUUCUCUCUCUCACACACUCUUGAUUACAGGAGGAUGUGCCACCACCACCACCGCAAGAACACUCCUGUUCCCCAUGCUACAAAACCCAACACCCGCUCUGCCACCGUCAAGAAGAAGAGAAGGAUAUCAACUAAAACUACGACUACUUCAACUUCCGUUUCUUUAAAACCAUCUCGUAAAACCAGAACCAAACGGAGAAAACCAAAAUACCUCAGUCUUAACUUGAAGCUUAGCCCUCAGAAGAAGCCGCAAACCUCUAAGAAGAAGACGAAGAUGACGAACAAGCUGCAUCAGCAGCUCACUCUCUUCCCUCUUCACCCCGAAAACUUAGUUGAAGACACUAAAGAUCACAUGCAUGAACAUGAUAAUGAAGAUAACAACGUUGUCGCGAGCUUCCUGUUCGACACCGCCACAGAUAGCUCCACCACUCUUAACGGUCUGCUCACUUCGUCCACCUCCGAGCAGGAGAGCCCGGCAGUGUCGCCGCUAUCGCUGACGUUUGCGUACGGCGAAGAUCGUUGUGGGGAUAGUAAUUACGGGCUCGUACGGACGGCCAUGAGGUGUAAAGAGAGGGACGCCAGUGAGGAGAAGUGGGUGAGUUACAGUGAGGUUGUGGAGAAUAAUAAGAUUGUCGUUAAGGAAGAGGAGGUGAUGAGUAGUAGUUGUAUUGAUGAUCAUGGUCGUGAUCGUGAUCGUGAUCGUGAUCAUGAUGAUGUGGAUGAAGGUGCAUGGUGUAUGAAACAGGUGCAGGGGCAGAAGAAGAAAUUGUUAUUGGAUUUGAAACUUGAUUACCAGGAGAUAUUGAAUGCGUGGUCUGAUAAAGGUCCUCUCUAUGUUGACGGAGAGUCCCCACAAACUGUUCCUGAAUUGCACGAUGCCACUCUGCCAACGGAUGCUUGGAGCAAUGUUGGCAAUUUGUGGAGUGUGCCUGAAAGGGCUAGUAUUGACGGUAGCGAUUCAGUAGAAGGCAAAGAAGGUUGGAACAGAGAGCAUAGAGAAGCAAGUGUUUUGAGAUACAAGGAGAAAAGGCAAAAUAGGCUUUUCAUCAAGCGCAUCCGAUAUGAAGUUCGAAAGCUAAAUGCUGAGAAGCGCCCUCGUAUGAAGGGUCGAUUCGUGAAAAGAUCGGAAGUGUAGUUAUAUGGAUAUAGUGUUGUUGCUUAGAAGAGAGUGGUACUCGGGCUUAUUUACAAACUUUUUCUUCUCUUUUAUCCCUUUCUUUCUUUCUUUCUUUCUCAUUUGUUCGAUUAUGCAUGCAUGUCAAAUAGCAUAAGCAUAGUUUUGUUCCCACCCAAUAUGAAAGAAAGAAAUAAAAAAAAAAAACAAAUGAUAUAAACUACUGUGGAGGUACUGGUGUAAAUUAAUGAGAAGAAGUGCCAACUUUGUAAUAAUAGACAGAUUAGAUAAUAUACUACAAGUUACGAGUUGCAGAAUGCUGUUUAAGUGUUAAGAUAGAUAGUUCUCUUACUACAUUGUUCUGUGGUUAUGGCGAAGAGAGAACGAAGUUAAUCUUUAGAUAUUUUCUAUCAGAAAUUUUCAGUGGCUGAAGAAAAAAAGAGCACAAGGAAU